AUGCUGGACAACAGGCUAGCAAUUGCCAGUGUCUCUCUUGGUGAACAUGACUCUCACACCCUACCAAACAAGAUUACAGCAGCGGCCCAGAAUGGGUUUGCUGGCAUAGAGAUCACGUAUCCCGAUCUCCAAGCCCACGCAGCGAAGACAUCUACUCCGAUACUGGACGCUGCACGACAAAUCAAAGUUCUUUGCCAGGAGAAUGGAAUCCACGUCCUGGCCCUCGCAUCUUUUCAGAACUACGAAGGUAGUUUGCACCCCCUGAUAGACCGACUCAAGAAAGCAGAGAAAUGGCUUGAGAUUGCUCGAACGCUUGGAGCUGAGCAUCUCCAGAUCCCGUCGAAUUAUGAACGUGUCAUCAACAACGAUCACCGACUAAUGGUUUCUGAGCUUCGCCAGCUCGCUGACCUAGCGAGUGCCAAGCACCCUGUUAUCAGAGUCGCCUAUGAGAACCUGGCAUGGUCAUCUCAUUGCACAACAUGGCAAGAAGCGCUCAUGAUAGUUCAGGAGGUGAAUCGCGAUAACUUCGGGCUUUGUUUGGACAGCUUUCACCUGAGCACAUUCCUGUGGGCAGAUCCAUACAGCCCGUCGAGCCGACAAGCAGAUGGAGAUGAAAGGCUCAGAGAGUCACUGCAAAAACUUGUUAAAAACUGUCCCUUAGACAAACUGUUCUACAUUCAGCUGUCAGACGGGGAGCCGAUGGACCCACCGUAUUCGGAAAGCCACCCAUGGUUUGAUCCUUCGCUUGAACCUGGUCACGUAUGGUCCAACGAGGCAAGACCGUUCCCUCUUGAAACGGAAUAUGGGGCGUUUAUGCCUGUGCAGGAAAUUUCCCAGGCAUUUCUAGUAGACCUAAGUUUCAAAGGGUGGGUAUCACUAGAGACAUUCGAUAGACGGAUGAGGAAGCCAGAGAAUGGACCCAGUGAAAAUGCAAAGCGAGGUGUAGCAGCAUGGCAGAAUCUGCAUAAGCGACUGUCGCAAAGACAGCGUUUCGACUAG